UCGCGGGAAUGGCAGCUAUGAAGAACCUAUCGACCUUGCCUCGGAUUCGGAAGAUGAAGAGGCACAGGUGGAGGAGCUGGCACGGGUAGUCGAUGAUAUUGAUGAUGGCAGCGAAUGGGAUGAGCAGGAUGAACAGGAUGAACAGGAUGGCCAUGAACAGGGCGAGCAGGAUGUAGUAGGUGUCGACGCCGAGGCAGACGCGGAGGUCGAGUAUGAAGAUGAAGUGAAUUACGAUGAAGAGGCAGGAUCUGAUUUGGAAGAAAAAAAUGAGGUGCACGAGGACGACGAGGACGAGGAGCGACCAGACAUGUGGAGGUCAGACCAAUCUUACUCUGCCGCCAGUUCAGUAUGAAGUGCUCGAUGCGGAUGAUGAAGACUACGUCGAGAAAUCGGAUGAACCGGAAGUAAUAGAGCUUCUUUCCGACGAAGAGGUUAUCAUGGAAGGAAGCUCGCCGCCGGCCCAGGGAGACAGCGAAAGGGAUUCCGACGCGGAUGUCGACGAGGAAGAUCAGGUCCAGGGUGCACAUAAAGAUGUGGUGGCGUCUCCAGAGAUCUACGACGUUGACGACGACGACGAACAACCAUUGUACGAUGAUACAGCUUUUCCUCCUACUGUAUUGGACUAUCCUUCCUUGCACGAAACGGUUGAAAUCGUCGAUCCUUGGGUUCGACCACAACUGUAUGCGAAUGAUCUCUACAAGGGUGGGGAUCAUCUCCCGGACCCCGAAAGUCAUCCCAAUCCUCAUAAGCUCGGAGACGCCGACGCCACUAGCACUUCUAUCACCCCACAGCGUGAGAUGGACGAACACAUCAUGGCGUUCGAAUUGAUCCGUGAUAAAUCUCCAGAAGCUGCCAGUCAUUCGCGCUCCCAGUCAUUAGACGCGUCUUACAUUCAGUACGAUCCCGAAUCAGUCGAUGUCGACUCCAGCAACACGAAGAAGUUCAAUAGCCGUCCCGAUGAGCAUGAAGGGGAAGAUAUGACAUCAGACUCAAGCGCGGACGUGUCCAAUCGUCGUCCUGAUGAGCGGCACCCUGACAACAUUACCAACGAUAAUGACGUCAAGGCUCACAGUAUUAAUCUCGAGCAACUCAGCAAUGACAAUGUCGAGGACCUAUCAUUGUCUGCUGAGGACAUGCAUGGUCAGGUAGACGAAAGUAAUAUCCGUGCUGGUUCACCCGAACCUGCUAUGUCGGUGAAGCAACACGAAGAGCUCACCGCUGUCUCGCUUGUGAACACUGAGGAAAUCACCUUUGAUUUGUAUGAGGAUUUGGAGAUGGAGGCAGACGGAUUGACUGUCGAAGUGACAGAGCAGCCUGUAACAUAUCCGAUUCUUGAUCGUGGAGAUGGUGCAGAUGUUCAAGGCUCCCAGAAUGUGCCUAUGAGCCCAGAACAAAACCUUCGAGAAGGUCGCGUAUACCACCAUUCGUUUCAUGUAUCUGCUUAUCACCAAAAUUUAGAUCACGGGUCGAACCCACCUCACCUAUUUAUCGAACCUCUACCAGUUCCAGAGGUUCUAGCCGUUGCUGAACUGGAGGCACCCCAGCAUCUCAGUCCAGGUGUUGCGUGUGUGGCAGGGUUAACACACCAUCAGCCCUCCGAGUCGGAGCUUUCACCCGCUGAAAGACAGGAUGUGCCCACAGACAUUGCUCCAGAAUUGAAAGAGCUUCCUGAAGGCGAUCGUGGCGCCGAAGGGCCUGCAUUCCUCCCAACACCCCCAGCUGAAGAGCACACCAGCUCUAGAGAGGAUACUUCUCCUGUGCUAAAUCAAGUACACAGUAUAUUGGAUGAUACGAGCACCGGCGAUGACUCAGAGCCGCAGGAGGCGAAGCAUGAACCCUCCUUUGUUACAGAGGCUGUGGACCAUGACACAAUGGACAGCUAUGAUGAAAAUCAUAAAUUCGUAGGUGCCGACAUCUCCGCCGUCGCUCCUGAACCUGCGGUAGUACAUAUAAAAGCAGCGUCAGACAUUGUUGAGCUGAAUGAUGAUCAUGGUGGACAAGAAGUAGUUGUAUCUGCAGAGAUUUCGAAUCAGGAUAUCAUUGCUGCCGAUGAAAACAAUCAUACGACUGUCAUCCCACCAACACAGUCCGAUGGCAUCACAGCGCUCGUCGGCGAUGUCUUAACAAUUGACGUUGACGAUAACUCUGUAGCGUUGAAGCCAACCAUGGACACCGAUGAAAGUCCAGCGAAGGAAAGUCUUGUCACCGUCACAAGGGAAAAUUGUACAGCUCUUGUGAAUGAUGGUAUAGCAGACGCUAUUGGCAAUAGUCCAGGCGCUUUGGCUCAUGGAGGCCUGACACUUCCCUUCGAAGAGGGACUCACGUUCGAAUUACUUUCAGUAGUUCCUGCCGGCGAUGAUUCACAUGUUUGCGUCGACAAGAACUCGGUUGUUCGCGUCGAUAACAGCGUGGUACCCCUCGAGAGUACAGCAACGUUAAUCGACGAUGGUGCCGUAGUUCCAGAUGAACAAAGUCCCUCCCCAGUUGAUGAUAGCUCAUCAGCUCCGCCGGACAAUAUCACAACGAGUCCCGCUGAUGCCUCAGUUCCAAUUGAUAAAGUUCACACAGUGGAUGCUGACAUGGUCGUCGAAGUUUCACCUCAAUCACCUCCUCACAUCGAAGUUAAUGUAAAGACUACUACCGAUACAUCUCCCACCCCUACCCCUCCGGAUAUUGCGUCUUCACCUCCCGCCACUUCAGGAUCGCCGGCGCCCGCAGAUCCUCAUACUCCCCCGACACAACCACAGAUUCAAACCGGGUUUUCCCCCUUAUUCACUCCACGCACGUAUACAAAGCGUCGCCCGCCUGGUCUUAUGACAACACCCCCCUCGUCGGAAGGAGAUACAUCUGACGAUGUACGGAGUCCGUCGCAGCACGAUGGUAAGGAGAGCCAGCGUGGUCCGGAGAUGGACCCCGUUCUUGAUCCGGCGAGAGAACAGAUCACAUUGGAUUCUCAGGAUGCACUAGUCGGAAUGAAGCCCUCUGACUCGACGAGUUCUUUCCGGCCUCGAAGGGAGUCGCUGACGCGCCCGUCACAUGUUGUUCCCACCAUCAGAGCCAGAGCAAUGUCUGUUCUACAACCAGAUCCGUACCCUUAUAGUCUGUCUACACCUGGUGUUACUCAAUACCUAGGCAAAUCUGGCUCAGAUGAAGUCUCUGAAGACGAAAACGAAAACGAUCUGUCAAACACCUCUUCUUCGUCCAAUGACAGGGAGCUAGAGCCAGAUAACCAAGGCAUUCCGGAUUCACAAGAUAUGCUGGAACCCUCUGUGGACGCACAUGUGGAAUCUGAAAUACCCACCAUUUCGGCGGAUGUUCAAACAUUCAAGGAUAGCAAACCACCUCUGCAAUCCAUCAGUCUUCCCGAUAAUCCUGCUUUCACUGGACCGCUAAGCCCGAUUGAAGACUUAACCGACAUCGAGAGUUCGCCAAAGAAAGUAAAUGGUGUUUCGUCUAUUACACCUCGACAAAUACCUCAAGUGGUAAUCAAGACUGAAAUUAGCUCUGCCAAAUACCAAGAUCAAAACAUUCUGAACCCAGAGUCUCCCACCCUUGACCGGAGUGAUGUGCAAGGGUCUGCGUCAACUAAGCGGAAACGUAAAUCAACAAGCACUAAACGUCUGUCCCAUACGCUCAGCAGCAAAAGGAAGGGAAAACAGAAAGAAGAUCCAAACGGAUCUCCAGCUCCUUCAGACACGACAAGUCCAGGAGGUUUGGCCGCGAAGUUGUUGACAUAUUCAAGGAAGAGCAGCGUGUCCAGGGCAUCGUCUUCCACGCCUAGUGAAGCUUCAGUCGCCACUUCCCAGGUACCUCCAACACCUACAAGGCCUACUAACGCGCACCAUCGCCCUCCCGUUCACUACCCUCCGGCCCUACUGCAUGGACAUUCUAGCCAGCCUCGCCUUCGUCAUCGACAUCAUCUUCCGACCGCUGGACCUUCUCGCGCUUCCUCAACUUCAUCUCUUGAUCGACCACUUUACUAUAGCUCACCUGUGACACGGUCCAAUUGCCGUUAUCGUCGUAUCAGCCUUCCCAAAGUGGAAAACGGACCUCGCAUUUCCUUCCUUGUCCCAGGUUGUUCUUUGGGAGAUGCUGAGCUCAUGGAAGACGAAGAAAUUAUAGAUCAUGGAGAUGCCACGACCGACGAAAGUCGUCGAGUCGUUCCAGACAUCGAGAACCUGGAUUUUAGUCCUUACCUAAUCGGCGUUUUGCGUCAGUUAGUAGGCGUGGACCUCCUCCGGGAACAGGAAGUCUAUUAUCUCUGCGCAGUGGGCGAAGAUCCUAGGCUUGUUCAGAAGAAAAAGGCAGAUCGGUUUACUGUCAACCGCAUAGGAGAAUCUAGUAAUUCCCCUCGCCCUUCGAGCGACCGUUCACCAUCAUCUUCAAUACGGCCGCCGGUAUCUGCCGCCUCUGCCGUCUCGGCGACACCGUCGGGGAUUGUGGUGAAGAAGGAAGAUGAUGGAUAUGAAUCCUCUAUAUCUCUCUCCACGGUCGAGUCGCACGCUGAACCUGCUCCACGUCCUGCUAAACGUCAAAAAACGUCCGCCGAUACUCCAUCUUCUGCCAGUAUAUCUCGCACAAAGCCCAAAGGCCCGACGAAACGGUCAUUGAAACCAAUAGCGUAUAUUUCUGCGCCUGUUGUGCCCGUGCCCGAGGAAGAGGAUUCAGACCUGUCGGGAAGUGAAUUGCCGUUUGACCAUCGUCCAAAAGCUGGGCUGGCGAAGGGUUUGAAGAGAGCUCGGACUGAUGUGCGCGCGGACGAGGAAGAGGGCAGGCGUUUCAAGAAGUUGAAGGGUCGUCUGAGCGACACCCAUUAACGAUUGUAUCCACCACCCUUUGGACACCUUUGCAUGCA